AUGGAGCGAGAAAAGUACAUCCGCAGCCAGGGGUAUGGAUUAACCGUCAUCUGGGAACACGAGUACUACGACCACGUCAAGGCAGAUUCCAAAAUGAAGGCACUCGUCCAAGAACUAUCAUUUAUUUCCCCCUUGAACCCCCGCGAUGCCUUCUACGGCGGUCGGACCAAUGCUGUCAAGCUUUAUCAUCAAGUCAGCGAUGACGAGAAGAUAAGUUAUUUCGACGUCAACAGCGAGUAUCCGUACGUCAACAAAAACAAGCGAUACCCAGUUGGCACUCCAACCAUUAUAACCAAAGACUUUGAAGACAUUCGGAAAUACUUUGGAUUAGUACAAUGUCAAGUCCUACCGCCCGGGAAUCUGCAGCUUCCCGUGCUUCCCUACCGCUCCGGUGGCAAGUUAACAUUCCCUUUGUGUCGCACCUGUGUGGACAACCAUCAGAAUGCUAGAUGCGAGCACACGGACGAUGAGCGCAUUUUAACCGGAACAUGGUACGGAAUCCAGUGGAUGGCCACCCCAUGUUCAAACCGAAGAGCAAAAGAGCAACACAUAGCGAAUUUCAAGGAGCAUGAAAAAGUUAACUUGGAAUAUGAGAAGAUCAGCACAAAUCUGGGAUUACGAUCCUUAUCCAAGCUCUGCCUGAACAGUUUUUGGGGACGUUUGGGAAUGCAAGAUAACAAGCCCAACACUGAGUACGUUGACGAACCAGGCAAAUUCUACGACAUGCUGCUGUCCGGAAAGUACCACGUACAAUCCUGGGAAUUGUUUACGGAAGACGUUGUGCAGCUCUCGUACACCAAAGAAAGCGGAUUUGUGGAGCGCAAUCCCAAUACCAACGUGAUUUUGGCGGCAUUUACAAUAUGUUGGGCACGACUACAUUUGUACAAUUUUAUGGAUAUGGUAAAAGACCGGUUGCUGUACUUUGAUACAGACUCAAUUUUUUUCGUGACCAAGCCGGGACUAAUUGACCCACCCACCGGAAUUUUUCUGGGCGACCUGACCAACGAACUAAAGCCAGGACAAUACAUCACGCAGUUUGUUAGCUUGGGUGCAAAAACGUAUGCCUACGUCACCAAUGAUGGAGAUGCUGUCGUCAAAGUGAAAGGUUUUACGUUCAAUGGACAAACGAGUGAGCAGAUUAACUUUAGCACCAUGUUAGAGAUGCUGGAAAACCGCACUUCUGUUAAUAUUCAAUAUCCGGGUAUUCUUAAGCGAGUUAAAGAAGAUCUGACUAUAUGUACCACUAGUAUGGAAAAACGCCUGCAAGUGACAUAA